CGCCCAGGCAGCUGUCCCCUCCCAGACUCCGGCGCCCCGGAGGCGGGGCCGCGAUGGUUCGGGUCAGGGGCCCGAGGUGGAGCUGACAAAGGGCGGAGAAGAGCCUAGCCGAGUUGGGGCCGACCACGAAGCCCUUCUCCGCCCGUCGGGCACUGGCUUCCCGCCCGCCGAUUUCCAGCCGUCAGGGUCACGCUACUCUCUGGAAGCCCAGAAUUCCGGUGCCCCUCAAGCCCCGGGCCCCCGGCGGGAAUGUUCAAAAAUGAGUACCAGGGAGGUGCAUUUGUUGAAAUCUUUAGUGCUCAAGGAAAAACUCCUGGAGCAAAAUGGAAGAUCCUUGGCAGUCCAUCUGUGAUUUGGAAAGAAUUUGAUAAAGAAGUUAAAAGUUUUGUGUUUGUCCUGGAAGGCAGCAGCCAAACAAAUAAAAUUCAGUUACCAAAGGAGAAUAAGGAAAUCCUUGGACUGAUCCAGAGGUUUCUUGUACUUCAGAUUUACAUACCCCUGGGACGAGACUUCUCCACCGAAUUGCUAAUUACUGAUUUAAUGAACAUAAAAAGAAGAUUGUAUUUAUCAACAGUCCAUAAGGAACUGUCCUCAACCCCUCUUCAUGCAAAAAUCCCACUCUUCAUGAUCAAACGCAAAAUCUGGUGCAAUCUAUGCAUUGACUUGGUGGCAUUUACCAGUGAAAUAUUCAAAGGAGCAGUUUUCCAGUCACUGGAUGGAAUUAUUGUCUCAGCUAACUGUAAGCUACGGAAGAUCUUCACUUUAAAAUGCUGGCCGCAAGACACUGCUGAUAAAGAUGAUGAACCUACAGACAUCAUUCCACGAAGCUGCCAACUAACGACAGAUGUUCCACAAGUCACACAGCUGCUAAACAUGACUAAACUCCACCAAACUGAAAUAAAAUUUGGAGGUCAUCCUCUAAGUUCAGCAGAAUCAGAUCAGUUCAUUAACAGAGGAACAGGUAGCAUACGGAGCGGUAAAAAUCAAGAUGUUUGUCAUAUUGCCUUUGGAUCCAAAGUUCUUGGACCACCUCCACUCUCUGGCAGAAGGAAUAACAUGAGGAUAUUCAGUGAGACAGUAAGAUCUGUUGGGUCCAAAAAUAACCAAUUGUGCCAGCAGUCUACAGUAGAGAAGUGUGUUAACAGGGCAGAAAUGUCAACCUUGCUGUUACCUGAGUCUGAGGCACAAGGAGAUAAAGAAAAUAUUGGCCACAUAAAGCAGACUGUACCUAUUCAUGCCAAGCUGCAUAUUAUGCAUCCACAUCCCCCUCAAGAACCAUCAGCCGAUAAGAAUAAUAACAGGAGAAGAUUACAGUUAAAAAGAACCAGCAGAGAAAGGACAGAGACACCCAGCGGCAAUUCUUCAGGAAAUAACAGAAAUGAACAUAAAGCAACAACUGUCCUCACCACUGUGUCCCAACAGAGAACAGAGACAUUGAACCCCAGCUCUCCAGCACCCCAGUCUCCUGAUCAAGCAGAUGAGUGGAUAUUUCCUGAACAUGAUGACCACAUCCCCCAUUUGGCCUCCAGCACCCAGUCUCUACUUCUGGAUGAAAACUCCUGCAACACCUCACACCUGUGGCUAGAAACCAGCAAGAAAAAUGAACAUGACCAACAGACAGAGGAAACCCAGAUUGUUCCAAAGAAUAUUUUCACUUUUUCAUCAAGACCACAAUCAGCACCUCAUGGAAAGACUCAGAAUAUGUCCCCAGAGGGGUGCCCAUUUAUUUUGGAUCUAAAAGAGGAUACCAGUGUAACAAGGAGAGACACCCAAUUGGAGGAUGAUUUUUUUGGUGGUGAUAGCACCGAAGAGGGUAACCACAGUGUCCAGGGUUCAACCGGCCCAACAACUAGUCCUUCAAAGUUAACUCAGUUAACAUUAGAGAGCGUGCUGGGCAAGACUGCGAGGUGGACAAGUAAAGGAUAUCUAAAAAAUGCCUACACAGAAGCAGGAGCAUCAGAAAACCAAAAUUCCUUGGCGAAGCAGAUAGAUAAAAAAGACUUUGAAACGAGUUUGGUGCCUACACCAUGCCUUUCUCCCCCUGGAAGAAGGAGUGACUCCUCUCCAAAAAUUCCAGGUCCUGUUAUCAAAGCAAAGGACCUACCAGCACAUCAAGUGUCAUCUUCAAUAUACAACAUCUCCCUACAGGAAAUUUCAGGGGAGAAGUUGAAGCCGAUUCCUGAAGUAUCUGAAUAUGACUGGAGAAACUAUCAACCCAGCCAGAUGAGUGAAUCCGAGUUGCAAAUGCUAGCAAGCCUACGGCGGCAACAGAACGAAGAACUGGAGGACACUGGGGCUCCCCAUAGCCUGAGCACAUCCCAGGUUGACAACUGUAAUGUCAGCAUAAGUACCAGCAGCGAUGACACAACCACCUGGAACUCCUGCCUGCCACCCAACAAAGGAAAAACAUCAAGUUCCAUUGGAGCCUGUCAACCAGGGUCAUCACUAUCAGAAAGAAAUGAAUCCACCUUCUCCUUCUAACCCCCGUCCUUGAAAUGUAGUGUGUCUCUAUGACAUAAAUCACAGCAAGAUCCUUUUUGACCCACCUCCUAGAGAAAUGGAAACAAAAGCAAAAAUAAACAAAUGGGACCUAAUGAAACUUAAAAGCUUUUGCACAGCAAAGGAAACCAUAAACAAGACCAAAAGACAACCCUCAGAAUGGGAGAAAAUAUUUGCAAAUGAAGCAACUGACAGAGGAUUAACCUCCAAAAUUUACAAGCAGCUCAUGCAGCUCAAUAUCAAAAAAAAACAAACAACCCAAUCCAAUAA